AGCAGAUGAACAAGGAUGUUGCGAUGAUGCUAGGGAAACCACUCCCUGUUGUCGUAAAGAUCCUCUGGGCUUGUGUCAUACCAGCAGUGCUCCUUACUGCAUUCAUCCUGACUCUCCUACGCUACAAACCACCAACCUACGGCAAGUACAGCUACCCUGGCUAUGCCAUCGCCUUCGGCUGGUUCAUCGCGUCGGUGUCCAUCAUCCCACUGCCAGUAUACAGCAUUCUGGCUGUGAAGAAGCACAUGGCUUCACACACAUUCACAGAGAGUGUCCAAAUGGCUCUCCGCCCGGGGGAUGAGUGGCAUCCUUCCGAUCCCCUCUACAGGGAGGAGUACCGGGAUAACCUUGUACACACAAGAUAUUCCUUAAAGAGUCACCUCACAAGUGUGUUUAGAAAGUAACAUCAGUGAUGAAACCAUUGCAAGAUGUAUUCGUUAAAAUCCUAGCAAACAUGACAUUGCAAUACCUUUAUCAUCUGCAAACCUGAUGUUAACAGCGUAUAUAUGUAAGUUUCGCUAUGUUUUCAUUGUUUGCAUCAAUUGUUUCCACUGGAUAGUUUCGUAUCUUUAUAUUGUUAUCCCCACAAUUUGUAUUUGUGUGCUUCAGAUUAUUAUAGCCGCAAUUAUUGGUAACGUUUUGUUGGCUUUUACAAAUAUCUAAAACGUCUAACCAGAGAAUAAUCAGUGUCUAUGGUCCGAUGGAGGUUCCAAUGGGCGUGAAAGGCAA